GAGCUGCUGGAGCUCAACGACACUUGCGAUGUGGCAACUUUCGGGCGAAACCACGAGAACGUACACGACGAAACGUACCGAAGGGCAGGAAAACUCGAUUCUGCGCAUUUCUCUGUCAAAGUCGACCUUCUGAACUCGGGUCUUCUCGACCUGAUUUGUGACGAUCUGCUGGACGAUGAUUAUGAAGAAAGGGGAAUACGCGCAGAGAUGUACAAGUUGAAUGUCUAUGGCAAGGACUCAUUCUUCAAGCCGCACGUUGACACUCCUCGUGGACAGUCGAUGUUCGGCACACUCGUCAUCGUCUUCCCUCCCCCGCACGACGGUGGAUCCUUGAUCCUUCGUCACCACGACGAGGAGUGGACGUUUGACUCAGGUCGCAUGCUUAGUGAGCAACAAGAACCCUCCCUUGCAUACGUCAUGUUCUUCAGCGACGUAGAGCACGAGGUGAUGCCCGUCAAGUCAGGUUAUCGGGUCACCGUGACCUACAAUCUGUACUUCUCCCAAGAUCGCUACCCCGCACCCAGCGCGACGCCUCUGAUGGACACAAGCGCGCUAGAGCUCAAGACAGUGUUCCAAACGCUCCUCGACGAUCCCACAUUUCUUCCUCAGGGCGGCCGCAUCGCAUUCGCUCUGUCUCACAGAUAUCCCAUUGAUGUCGUGAAACAGUCUAUCGAUACAGUUGCAAGACACCUCAAGGGAAGAGACGCGAAGCUUCGCAAGAUUUGUCACCAGCUAUCACUCGCCACUGACCUGAGG